CACUACAUUUCCCUCGUCCCCGGCCACCAGCUGAAAUCUUGCUCUAUCUAUCGCGAGAUUCCUCCUCACUUUGGCUGGCCUAGCUAUCCGAUCUCGCGAGACCUGAAAACAAACUCGUCUCUAUUUUCCCGCGAUUCCAAUUUGGUAAAAACUGCGCCUGCCGUCUUGGGUCUCUAAUGUGCUUACACCCCUUUCCGCACCCAGCAUUCAAGCUCCUCCUUCGGCACCACUUUAUUCCCGGCCGCCUUUGCGAAUCUCCAGCUGGUGCUAGACCUGCGGGCCGGAGGGCCGUGCGCGCGCGCCCUCGCUUCUGUUGCGCGCGCGGUGUCACCUUGGGCGCGAGCGGGCCCGUGCGCGCACGGGACCAGCAGCCGCGGGGCAUUGAGUGGCGAUGGCGGUGGCGACGAAUCCAGGGGCCGGCGGUGUGGACGGGAAGCCCCGUACCUCCCCUAAGUCCGUCAAGUUCCUGUUUGGGGGCCUGGCCGGGAUGGGAGCUACAGUUUUUGUGCAGCCCCUGGACUUGGUGAAGAACCGGAUGCAGCUGAGCGGGGAAGGGGCCAAGACGCGGGAGUACAAAACCAGUUUCCAUGCCCUCACCAGCAUCCUGAAGGCGGAAGGGCUGAGGGGCAUUUACACUGGGCUGUCAGCUGGCCUCCUGCGCCAGGCCACCUACACCACCACUCGCCUUGGCAUCUACACUGUGCUGUUUGAGCACUUGACCGGGGCAGAUGGUACACCCCCUGGCUUUCUGCUGAAGGCUGUGAUUGGCAUGACUGCGGGUGCAACUGGUGCCUUUGUGGGAACACCAGCCGAGGUAGCGCUCAUCCGCAUGACUGCUGAUGGCCGGCUUCCAGCUGAUCAGCGCCGUGGCUAUAAAAACGUGUUUGAUGCCCUGAUUCGCAUUACCCGGGAAGAGGGAGUCCCCACACUGUGGCGGGGCUGUAUCCCUACUAUGGCCCGGGCCGUUGUCGUUAAUGCCGCCCAGCUCGCCUCUUACUCCCAAUCCAAGCAGUUCUUGCUGGACUCAGGCUACUUCUCUGACAACAUCCUGUGCCACUUCUGUGCCAGCAUGAUCAGCGGCCUUGUCACCACCGCUGCCUCCAUGCCUGUGGACAUUGCCAAGACCCGGAUCCAGAACAUGCGGACGAUUGAUGGGAAACCGGAAUACAAGAACGGGCUGGAUGUGCUGGUGAAGGUCAUCCGCUACGAGGGCUUCUUCAGCCUGUGGAAGGGCUUCACACCAUACUAUGCCCGCCUGGGCCCCCACACCGUCCUCACCUUCAUCUUCUUGGAGCAGAUGAACAAGGCCUACAAGCGUCUCUUCCUCAGUGACUGAGGAGGGUGUGGGACAUGGAGCCAGUGUGCCAGGGCUCCCACUCACCUGAUGCUCCUAGAGUCGUGACGUCCCGGGGGGCCUGGACUCCGCUGCCCCGGGCCCCGUCUAUUUAUUUCCUCUCCACGGUGUGUGGUUUCCCUUUGCCAUAAAGGACUUCAGUCUGUUCUA